AUGGCACCUCCCACAGGAUCCCUCCCCUCCCCCUUCGGAGCCCCGUCAGUCAACAUAACCACCCACAACGAGUCCGGGACAGCAAUUCUCCACAGCUCCCGCAAAGCCAGAGCAAUCGAAUACCCGACCCUCGGCGGCGUAAUCCACAACCUCUACUCCACCGACCGCUUCCCCGCGGACUUGACCAACGAAGUAGACAUUGCACGCUCCGAAGAGUUCCUAGCCGCCUCCCAAACAAACCUCGUGCAGCCCCACGGAACCGUCUGCCGCCUCGUCGACUUGGCGCCUCACAACGCACGCAUGAUGCACCAGACGAAGAGUCUCGACUAUGGGAUCGUGCUCAAGGGGAAAGUGUUCUUAGAUUUGGAUGAUGGGACGUCGACGUUAUUGGAGGAGGGCGAUAUCGCGGUGCAGAGGGCGACGUUGCAUUCGUGGAGGAACGCGAGUGAGACUGAGUGGUGUCGGAUUGUGUUUGUGCUGCAGGAUAUUCAGGCUUUGGAGGUUGGGGGGAAGGCUGUGGGGGAGAGUUUGGGGGAGGGUGAGGGGCAUUUUCAGGGGAGUGGGAAUCCUUGA